CCUAACAAGGAACCUUCAGCUCUUGCUAAACUGCAACCCAGGAAUGCUGGGAGUUGUAGUUUUGCAAUACUUUUUUGAAGUCUUUUCAGCUUCUUAGGAACAGAGACAGAUUAUCCCUUUGCUCCGGAGAGUAGGAGGCCUUGUACUCACUGCCAAGAAUCACGUGUGGUGCAUACUGAAGGGGAAUGCUUUGUUUGGUUGCUAAGAAAAGACAACAUUGUUAAGAGAGUGAGGAGAAUAAAUAACAUCCUGCAGCAUCAGGAAUACUCAGGAGACUGGUCGAUAACGUCACUAACUACUCUAAGAAGCUAAAUACAACAGGUUUGACAUAGAGCACAUUGACAAUGGAACCCGUCUCGAUUAUUUUAUCUGUUGUGGUCAUUCUGUUUCUGGCUGGUGUAUAUAAGAAUCAAAAAAAGUACAAGUAUGAGAAUUUUCCUCCUGGGCCUAAACCUUUACCAAUUAUCGGGAACAUACACAUGAUCGAUACACUGAAGCCUCAAAAAUCCUUUAUGGAGAUGUCAAAGAAGUACGGCACAAUAUUUAGCAUCCAGUCAGCCACAAAAAAGUUUGUUGUCCUGUGUGGUUAUGACACAGUUAAAGAAGCUCUUAUCAACUAUGCUGAAGAAUUUUCUGGAAGGCCAGUUACACCAAUGGGGGCUAGAACAUCCCAAGGAUGUGGUAUACUAUUUUCAAAUGGAGAGAACUGGAAAGUGAUGAGAAGAUUUACCCUGUCAACAUUACGAGAUUAUGGAAUGGGGAAAAAAGGAAUAGAAGAGAAGAUCACUGAAGAGUGUGAAUCCUUAAUGGAGACCUUUAGAUCUUAUCGAGGAAAACCCUUUGAUAAUCAAACUAUCAUAAAUGCUGCGGUGGCCAACAUAAUUGUGUCCAUACUGAUGGAUCAUAGAUAUGAAUAUAAUGAUCCUACAAUACUGAAGCUCAUGAGAUUAGUCAAUGAAAACAUCAGAAUUUCAGGAAGCACUAUGAUCAGGAUAUCAAAGAAGUAUGGCACAAUUUUCAGUCUCCAGAUAGGACAGGAGAAGUUUGUUAUCCUGUGUGGUUAUGAGACAGUGAAAGAUGCUCUGAUGAAUUACGGUGAGGAAAUUUCUGGAAGGCCAAAAUCACCAAUAUUCAAUAUAACUUCUGCUGGAUAUGGUGUUCUCUUUUCUCAUGGAGAUAACUGGAAAGCGAUGAGAAAAUUUACGCUAUCCACAUUAAGAGAUUUUGGGAUGGGAAAAAAGACCACAGAAAAUAAGAUCGCAGAGGAAUGUGAACAUUUGAUCCAGGCAAUAAGAUCUUAUGAAGGAAAACCCUUCGAUAACCAAACUGUCAUAAAUACGGCUGUAGCCAACAUAAUCGUAUCCAUACUGCUGGAUCAUAGGUUUGAAUAUGAUGACCCAAUAGUACUGAAGCUCAUGAGUUUACUCAAUGAAAAUAUCAGGAUGCUGGAAAGUGGUAUGGUCAGGCUGUAUAACAGUUAUCCCAAUCUGGUCGGCUGGCUACCUGGGAGCCAUAGAAAAGUGGCAAAAAAUUACAAAGAGAUGGGGGACUUUAUGAUGGCCACAUUUGUGGAGCAGAGAGGAGAAUUAGAUGUCAACAAUCAGAGGAGCUUCAUUGACGCUUUCCUGGCUAAACAACAAGAGGGAAAGUCUGAAUCUGAAUUAUAUUUUCACAACAAAAACCUGUGCAUAUUGAUGAUGGACCUGUUUGCUGCUGGAAUGGAGACCACCUCAACCACCCUGCGAUGGGGACUACUAUUAAUGAUUAAAUAUCCUGAAGUACAAAAAAAAGUUCAAAAUGAGAUUGAAAAUGUUAUUGGAACGGCUCAACCACAAACAGAACAUAGAAAACAAAUGCCGUAUACUGACGCCGUAAUCCAUGAAAUCCAAAGAUUUGGUGAUAUUGUACCUGUGAAUCUUCCUCAUGCAACAAUCAAAGACCUCACAUUUAAAGGCUAUUUGAUCCCAAAGGGCACAACUGUUAUCCCGCUGCUGCACUCUGUGCUUAGAGAUAGAGCUUGCUUUAAGAAGCCAGAAGAGUUUUAUCCGGAACACUUCCUUGAUUCGAAAGGAAAUUUCAAAAAGAAUGAAGCUUUUGUCCCAUUCUCACUGGGUAAAAGAAGCUGUGCUGGGGAAAACCUGGCAAAAAUGGAGCUCUUCCUGUUCUUUACAACCCUACUCCAGAACUUCACCUUCCAGGCCCCACCAGGCGCAAAGCUGGACCUUCAUCCUGCUGAAGGGUUCACUAAUGCCCCCUUACCCUAUGAAAUCUGUGCAAUCCCUCGCAGAUGAGACCAACUACUGCU